CUCCAUCCUUUCCUUCUCUCCUUUCCUUCUUCCCUUGUUGUAUUCACAUUCAGGCGGCAUCGUCCACCUCCGACGAGUGCGUGAGAACAGCAGCCGCAAGUCGUCGUCAACCUCUCCUCCAAUUCUCCACAACAUGCCGUAUUAUUUUUUUUCAGAGUACUUUGAACAGUACUUGAAGGCGCAGCGGCUAGAGCAAGAGAAGACCAGACUGUCCAACGAGAAGCGUGAUCUGGAGAGGCGGCUGGCGGAGAAGACGAGGUCCGCUCAGGCGUCCUCAACCCAGGUCUCCGCGCUGGAGCACAAGGUGCGGGAGCUGGAGCGCCAGAACACCGGGCUCUCCGGCGACCUGGCGAAGCAAAGGGAGGACACGAAGAAGGCCGGUCUGCUGUUCAUGGACGCCGCCGACAGGUGCGAACAAGUCGCGAGGAAGCAGAUAAUGGCAGGGGCGGCGGAGCUGGAGAACGCGAGGAAGGCGAGCCUGCUUCUCAUGGACGCCGCCGACACGUACCAAGACGCGGCGAAGAAGCAGACGAGGGCGAAGGAGGAGGAGCUUGAGGACGCGAGGAGGGCGGUUGCGGUGCUGAUGAGCGCUGCGGAUGCGUACCAGCAGGAGGCGAAGAAGCAGAUCAAGGAGAAGGUGGAGGAGCUCAAGAUCCUCGGGGCUCAGAAGGCGGAGAUGGAUGCGAGGGCAGCAGCUUUGGAGUCGGAGCUCGAUGCAGCUCUGUCGAAGAAUCAGGAAUUGGAGGUCGAUCGUGACAAGGUGAAGGUUGAGAAUGGUGGUCUGCGGUCAGAGGUCGAGAGGCUCAUGAUGGAGUUGGGUGCGUUGGUAGAGGUCAGGGAGGCAGCUGCAAAGGCAUUUGACGAUGAGAAGACAGAAAUCAUGAAGGAAUUGGGAGACCUUAAAACGAAAGUCGAGGAAAUUCAAGCCAGCAAGGAUUUGAUGAAGGGUGAAAACGAUAAGCUUCAGUCAGAGGUUAGAACAAACAAGCCUUAGUCUAAAGGUGCUAAUUAUUCCAACACAUCGGAGACGGUUCAUCAGUUACUGACGAACCUAGCCAAUACCCCCAAGAAAAACUGGCGGCAAGGAUUGAGAUUCCUCAUCAUAAACUCACUUGUUGGGAAAGUUCAGGCAAUUUUCCUGCUGGUACAUUUUUCUUUCCUUUUUUUUAAAAAGAAAGCAACUUCUGCCUGCAGAAAUUUGCAUAUUCUGUUUACAAGUCCAGUUAACCACUGGAAGGAGCUUACCUGAUGUCAGAACUGAAGAGACCUUGUAAUGGUAAAUGAGUGUCACCAACUGACUGCUCAGCUACAUUAUUUAGAAUCCAAAGC